AUGGAGAAAGCUUAUUUCCUCUUCCUUGCAGCCUUGGUCGCAAGCCUAGGUACAGCUUCCUCAAGUACCACUAACGUUGUUGCCCAUAACAACACCAGUGAUCAUGAUCUAGGCGCUCUUCUUGCCUUCAGGGCUGCCAUUUCCGACCCCCAAAAUAUCCUUCCAGUCAAUUGGUCCACUUCUACCUCUGUUUGUAACUGGAUAGGAAUCACUUGUAACAGACGCCAUCGAAGAGUCGCCGCCAUACAGCUUCCCAAAUUGGGCUUAUUUGGAACCAUUCCUCCACAGUUGGGGAAUCUCUCCUUCUUAGUCUGGCUGGAUCUUGAAAACAAUAGCUUCCAUGGAAAUCUUCCAACUCAGAUGGUUCAUUUGCGUCGACUCAAGCACAUCAACUUUGCAUUCAAUAGCUUUGAUGGUGAAUUUCCAUCAUGGUUGGGAGCUUUAUAUCGACUUCGUUAUCUUUCGUUCCAUAGUAACAGAAUUUCUGGUUCAUUGCCAACAACGCUCUCUAAUGCAACGAUGUUAGAGACCAUCAGGUUAGGUACGAACCUCAUGACUGGAAAUCUGCCUCAAGACUGGAGCGCUUUACAGAACUUGGAGUUCCUUGACAUGGGAAAUAACAAACUUGAAGGCCCUUUGCCUCGGUCUUUAUUUAACCUUUCGUCAUUGCAGCACUUUAGUUUUUCGAAUAAUACCUUAUCUGGUUACCUUCCGGUACGUAUCUGCCAUCAUCUGCCACAACUCCAAGGGCUUUAUUUGUCAUAUAACGAGUUUAGCGGCGCAGUCCCUGCUGGUAUUGGAGGUUGUCCGAGGCUUCAAAUCUUGUCCUUGUCAUACAAUAAUCUGGCAGGAAAUAUUCCACGAGAAAUUUGGAAUCUAACUGCGCUUAGGAACCUAUAUCUAGGUGCAAACGAUAUUCAAGGUGUUAUACCUCGUGGGAUUGGUCACCUUUAUAAAUUGGAGAUACUAAGCUUGGGAAUGAAUUGGUUAAGAGAUCCCGUCCCACAAGAGCUAUUCAACAUUUCAACUCUUAGAGUACUGUCCAUAGAUGGCAAUGAUUUUUCGGGCAUUCUUCCUUCGACUUUAGAUGUUACUUUACCCAAUCUUGAGGUGCUUUAUCUUGGGGGCAACAAAUUUACUGGAAUUAUAUUGCCAACUCUCUCCAAUGCGUCUAAAUUGACACAUCUAGAUUUGGAAGAUAAUAAAUUUAUUGGUGCAAUUCCUGAUUCUCUUGGUAACCUAAGAUUCCUAGAACGCUUAGCUCUUUCAAGCAACAAUUUUACUCUAACUGGAGAUAUGACCUUCUUCAAUUCUAUAGGAAAUUGCAGAUAUUUGAGAAUAUUGUGGCUAGAUGAAAAUCCACUGAAUGGCAAUCUUCCAGAGUAUAUUGGAAAUCUUUCCAACUCUCUUGACUCAAUUAAUAUGUCUCAUUGUGGACUUGGAGGUGAAAUUCCAAGGUCACUAGGCAACUUGAGCAACUUGGAGUUCCUAGAUUUGGCAAGCAAUGGUUUGACAGGAAUAAUUCCAAGUUCCAUCUCAGAUUUAAGACAACUUCAGUGGAUAAGUUUUGAAGAUAACAAGAUACAAGGACCAAUUCCAAGUGAGUUUUGUCAUAUUCCCAACUUAGCAUAUUUAAUUUUGGCAAGCAAUAGGCUGUCUAGCAAGGUACCCGAGUGCAUAGGGAGUAUUUCUUCAUUGAGAUGGCUCUAUUUAAACUCUAACAAUCUAACAUCUAGCGUGCCAACAAGCUUGUGGAGCCUUACUGAUCUGUUGGAGCUUGACUUGUCCAUCAAUUUUCUCAAUGGUUCUUUGCCCUCCCAAAUUGGAGACAUGAAGGCACUAAUCAAACUGAAUCUAUCAGUGAAUCAGUUUUCUGGUGAUAUCCCUGGCACUAUUUGGGCACUACAGGAUUUACAAGAACUCUCCUUAGAGCAUAAUAAUCUACAAGGGUUAAUUCCAGACUCCAUCAAGACAAUGUUGGCUUUGCAGCACUUGGAUCUAUCAUUCAACAGUUUAGCUGGUAUGAUACCUAACUCACUGGAGGUACUCUUGGAUCUUCAGUAUUUGAAUGUUUCCUACAACAAACUACAAGGACCGAUUCCUCAAGGAGGACCUUUUAAGAACUUCACAAUCCUAUCUUUUCUUGCUAAUGAAGCAUUAUGUGGUGCUCCUUGGUUCCAACCUUGUCAAACAUUUCAUCAUAGAUCAAAGAAAAAGAUACUCUUGCUUGUGUUGCUGCCAAUAGGUUCUUCAUUCCUAGCCUUGGCCAUUUCACUUUUGUUGAUGAAAAGGUUUACAAGAAAGAAGACUACGACUUUAGCCCAUGAUUUGUUUCCAGAAACAGCACAUCAAAGGGUAUCCUACCAUGAACUUCAACGAAUAACAAAUGGUUUCAGUGAAAGUAACUUGCUUGGAUCUGGGACGUUUGGUUCAGUUUACAAAGGGGUAUCUGCAAAUGGGAUAAUUUGGGCUAUAAAGGUUUUUGAUAUGCAACUUGAUGGCACAUCGAAAACUUUUGACUUAGAAUGCGAAGUCUUUCGCCGCCUUCGUCAUAGAAAUUUGAUCAAAGUAAUCAGUGCUUGCUCUAAUCCGGACUUCAAAGCUUUGGUACUAGAAUUCAUGCCUAAUGGAAGCCUGGAGAAAUGGCUCCAUCUUGGCCACCACGUCCUGAGUAUCAUACAAAGAUUGGACAUCAUGAUUGAUGUGGCUCGUGGGUUGGAAUAUCUUCAUUAUGGGUAUUCAUUUCCCAUAAUUCAUUGUGAUUUGAAACCUAGUAACAUUUUACUAGAUGAAGAUAUGGUCGGUCAUCUUAGUGACUUUGGGAUUACUAAAUUGCUGGGAGAUGGAGAAAGCCGUGUACAGACAAAAACCUUGGCAACAAUUGGAUACAUCGGCCCAGAGCAUGGAUUAGAAGGACUAGUGUCAACAAGGUGUGAUGUAUACAGUUUUGGCAUUACCAUGAUUGAAGCAUUCACUGGAAAACGACCUAAGGAUGAGAUGUUUAAGGAAGAGAUAAGCAUUAGGCAUUGGAUCCAAGAAUUACUACCAGGUUCUGUAGAUCAAGUUAUUGAUGUGAAAUUACUUCAUCCAGAGGACGAACAAGUCGCGAAAAACAUAGUUUGUGUAUCAUCUAUCUUGCAACUUGCACUAAGUUGCACUUUAGAUGUCCCAGAGAACAGGAUCAACAUAAAAGAUGCCCUCACAACACUUGAGAAGAUCAAAACUCAGUUUUUUCAAAGAAAUUAG